AUGGGGGUAACUGAAGAGCAAAUCAAAUUGAGAGCCUUAUCGUUUUCUCUAAAAGAUUCAGCUAAGGAUUGUUUCUAUUAUCUACCUUCCGGGAGUGUUAUCACAUGGAACGAGAUGAAUAGGUUAUUCCUAGAAAAGUACUUCCCAGCUUCAAGGGCAGACAAUAUCAGAAAAGAAAUUUGUGGUAUAAAGCAAUACAACGGGGAGUCCCUACAUGAAUACUGGGAACGCUUUAAGAAGUUAUGUGCAAGCUGUCCCCAUCAUCAAAUUAGUGAGCAGCUACUGAUCCAGUAUUUCUAUGAGGGUCUUCAACCCACUGAUAAGAGCAUGAUUGAUGCUGCUAGUGGAGGAGCUUUAGUGGAUAAAACCCCCGAGGCCGUGAGAAAUCUGAUUGCAAACAUGGCCGCCAAUUCUCAACUGUUCGGCUAUAGACUUGGCCCUCCAUCAAAGCAUGCUAAUGAGGCUUGUGGGAUAUGUUCAGUAGUAGGGCAUCCAACUGAUAUGUGCCCAACUCUUCAAGAGGAGCCUGUUGAGCAAGUAAAUGUAGUAGGUGGUUUUCCAGGACAACCGCAAAGGAAAUAUGAUCCCUAUUUGAGCACAUAUAAUCCAGGAUGGAGGGAUCACCCCAAUCUUAGCUAUGGGAAUCCACAGAACCACCCAAGUUUCCUGCAAUAUCAUCUGACUUUCCAGCAAUAUCAGCCGCACCCCCCUAGACAACAGCCAACCCAAAAUUCUGAUUCAGGUAUGUCUUUAGAGGAUAUUGUCAAAUCUCUUGCCACUAAGACUUUGCAAUUUCAGCAUGAGACAAGGGCUAGUAUCCAACGUUUGGACAAUCAGAUGGGCCAAAUGGCGACGGCGAUUAGUCGGUUAGAGGCGCAAAGUUCUGGGAAAUUACCCUCUCAAAUGGUUGUGAAGCCAAAAGAAAAUGUAAGUGCAAUCAUUUUGAGAAGUGGUAAAGAGGUUGAGGCACCAGCAAGGGCAGCCCCCGCAUUGUCAAACCAAGAAAAGGAGAAAGACAUCACUCCCGAUGGUGAUGAAGUACCCAAGCGUAAGUUUCCUCCUCUUUCUGAUUAUAAAUCAGUACUUCCUUUUCCUAAUGCUUUAGCAGGUUCUAGGAAAAAUGAGCAGUUCAAAGAUUUUUAUGAAACUUUCCGUAGAUACGAGGCAAAUAUGCCCCUUUUUAAUGCUCUUAACAAGAAACAGAAACUAAAAGGAUGUGAAAAGGUGAGAGUAGGGGAGAAUGUUUCUGCAAUUAUUCAAAGAAAACUCCCUACAAAGUGCAAGGAUCCAAGUAUGUUCACUAUCCCCUGCAUGAUAGGUAACAUUAGAAUUGAGAAGGCCAUGUUAGACUUAGGAGCUUCUAUUAAGGCCAUGAUAGGUAACAUUAGAAUUGAGAAGGCCAUGCCAUAUUCUAUAUAUGCUUCUUUGAAACUUGGACCUUUGAAUAAGACCGGUGUAGUGAUUCAAUUGGCUAAUAGAUCUAAUGCCUAUAUUAAGGGUGUAGUUGAGGAUGUUCUUGUGAAAACUAAAAUAGAUGUUUAUAGUGGCACACUCACCAAGGAAUUUGAUGGUCAGAUUGUUAAGUUUAAUAUUUAUGAUGCCAUGAAUUAUCCUACUGAUGAUAAUCCUAUUUGUUCUGUUGAUGCGAUUGAUUCUUUGGCACAGGAAGUCUUCGAACUUAAUGAAAAUGAUGGAUUAGAAGUCUCCAUUAUUAAACAUCUUGAGAAAGAGGAGCCAAUGCUGAAAGCUGAUUUGAGACCUUUACCCUUUGUUUUGCAGGCCCCCAUUCCAGAAUUGAAGCCUCUCCCUAAUCACCUCAAGCACGUAUUCCUUGGAGACAGAGAGACAUUACAGGUGAUCAUGUCUAGUAGCCUUAGCGCACCACAAGAAGAGAAGCUUGUGCAGGUUCUUACGGAGCAUAAGACGACUAUCGGUUGGACGAUUAUGGAUAUCAAAGGAAUCAACCCAUCUACAUGCAUGCAUCGCAUCUUACUUGAAGAGCAAGAAAAACCUCUUGUCAACCACAAAGAAGGCUGA